UACUAUACCUGGGAGUAAUUACAAAGCAGUAAUCUAAUCAAGUGGUAUAAAACAUGAAAGCAAACUACAGUGGUUUAUAACUUGUCAUUUGAUUCCUGAGAUUAGAUUACUGCCUUGAAACUACUCCAGGUUGUUUUUAUUGAAAGUAUACACUAUAAACUUCAUGAAAUGGCUUUAUUCAGUUUUGAUUCCAUUCCAGUGCCAAUAACAGGUGUCAGAGCAGAUGGUGAUUGUCAGUAUAUUGCAUGCUGUUGAUAUAUAGACUGAAUAGUUAACAAUUGUAUUGUAAUCAUAAGAAAUAUUUUGCAUUAAGUCAUCAUAACUUUCCACAAUCACCUACAGCGAGGUACAAUGUCACAUUUCCCCUCAAAGUUAAGAUAAUCCGUCUCGUCCAGUUAGUAAAUGUCUUCUUUCAGGAAGUUAUUUGAUUUCAUUGCUUAAGAAACAGUACUUUUACUCUCUCUGGAAAAGUAUCUCCACUGUCAUUACGCUGUCUUCUCUCCAUUGCUUGGCUUUAUUUUCAUUUUAUAACUCAUUCAGCUGCCUUCAGCCACUUUCCUUCAUCAUUCUUUUCUUCACAGUACCAGUUCUCUGCUCCCCUCCGUCUUCCAGACGCGUACGAAGCAGUGCUCUGUUCGCGUUUUUUGCUCCAACGUUAGUUACCCUGCGCACUCCCUCAGGUGCAGUACCUCUCACUGUGUGUGUGUGUGUGUGUGUGUGUUAAAGAUGGGCGGACCAACCCACCUUUCAUCCACUCACUUACCUGGUUUCGACGGCUAGUGCCGCCCACUGGAAUCUGAAAGCGCCCAGUUUGCAAAAACGCAACUUUUUUUUCCCUGCAGCACCUCACCCAGUUGAAAUCUGCAUUCUCACACACACCUUAAAAAAAAAUCACUUGUUUUUUUCUCUGGGCAACCCCCUAUCACUUAUUACUGUGCACGCCUACCCACAGUCUGACCAUUGUAUACAAGGGGGGGAAAAAGUGUUGAUUUUAUCUCCCUCCCUGCCGUGCAGUCCCGCAAAUCUCAUGUAGUCCAGGUGAAUCGAGGGGCUGUUCUCAUCGCACCGGUUCUGCAAAGAGUGCAAAAGAGGAAUUACCUGUAGUCCGGGUUCUGCAGUUAGACCACACCGCACCGACUUGAAAGUCCAGUUCCGCAAGAAGAGAAGCCGGGAAGAGCUGGAGAAAUAUGUCACAGGAGACGGACAAACAAAAGAAAACUCCCGCCCACGGCCCCCAUGGUCCUUCGACCGGACGGGACAUCGCCAUCUAACCAGACCCUUCGAUGCUCAACCCCUCCAUCAGGACGAUAGCGCCCAGCUGAUCAGAAACAACUUAUUGCAGACACACCAUCAAUGGUUGACAAUAUCCACCCUCUGUUUACUUCAUGUAUUAGUCUUUUGAAGAACACAGUACAUUGGAUUUCCAUUUUUAAAAAAAACUUGGCAACAAACCUUUUAUGAUUCCCAACCCCUUAAAGCCACCAGUGGGUGGACAAGCUUGGAGGAACCCGGCAGAAGGUGAACAGGAAGGCUCUCCGUCUGAAGUCAAGCCCUGCCUCACUCAAGACAGCGGCAAGAGUACUUCUCGCCACGUUUGAGGAGAACCACUACCAACCUAUUUCUUCCUAUGUAGAUGCGUUUGUUUUGGAGGGGAAUUGUCAGCAAGCGCCUGGUGGUAGUACUACAGAAUGAUUCAAACUUCCAUCCCAGACGUGCCUAUACCAGUGAAGAUGAGGCCUGGAAGUCAUAUCUUGAAAACCCAUUGACAGCUGCCACAAAAGCAAUGAUGAGCAUUAAUGGUGAUGAAGAUAGUGCGGCUGCCUUAGGAUUGCUUUAUGACUAUUACAAGGUCCCCAGGGAUAAGAGACUGAUGCCACUUGGUAAAGUAGCUGAUGCACAAGAUGAUCAAGAGAAAAGAAAUUGCCUUGCGUCAUCUGAUAAUCAGAACAAUCUGGACGUGCAAGACAAUCGGGUGCAAGUUCUUAAGUCCCUCCCAGUGAACCUGUCUUUGCACCCGGAGCACUUGGACGUUUCAAAGAGGGAGAAUUAUGGUGCAAAUCCAGCUGAGAACAUGCCUGUGUCAGUUGCAGGAGUAGCUGUGGUCAGCAUCAAGACGGAGGGUUACCCUACGAGCUACUCAGGGGCAAUGACGCCCAACGUGCACUACAGCAGAGCUGAGGGUGAUGAACAGAGAGGGGUGAUUUUUGAACAGAACCUCGGCAGCAACCAAUAUGAAGUGCUCACUGUCACACACACCAACUACCUCAAGGAUGACCAGCGCAGCACACCUGACAGCAGCUACAGUGAAUCAUUUAAGGAAGGAAUAGCUGAAAAAUACCGUAGCCCUUCGUUAGGAGAUGAGGAAUUCAUCUACGAGCACACAGGAGGAGAUUCGUUCCACUACAUGUUGGAAGCAACAAAAUCCUUACGUCAGAAGCAAGGGGAAGGGCCGAUGACGUACCUGAAUAAAGGACAGUUUUAUGCCAUAACACUCAGGGAGACUGGAGCCAACAAAUGCCUUCGCCAUCCAAUCAGCAAAGUUAGGAGUGUAAUAAUGGUUGUAUUCAGUGAAGAUAAGAACCGUGAUGAGCAACUGAAAUAUUGGAAAUACUGGCAUUCUCGACAGCAUACAGCUAAACAGAGGGUUCUUGAUAUCGCUGAUUACAAAGAGAGCUUCAACACCAUUGGAAACAUUGAAGAAAUUGCCUACAAUGCCAUCUCUUUCACCUGGGAUGUGAACGAGGAAGCUAAGAUAUUCAUCACCGUGAACUGCCUGAGCACAGAUUUCUCCUCUCAGAAGGGGGUGAAAGGACUUCCCCUCAUGAUACAGAUUGACACCUAUAGCUACAACAAUCGCAGCAACAAACCCAUCCAUCGGGCCUAUUGCCAGAUCAAAGUGUUCUGUGACAAGGGAGCUGAGAGGAAAAUCCGGGAUGAAGAGCGGAAACAGAACCGAAAGAAAGGAAAAGGUUCAGGAGCCUCAAACCAAGUAAAUCCCUCAUCAGAAACCAAACUGAACACUGCAGCUAUGCAGAAGCGAAGUGAUGCGACUUUCUUCAAAACCAUGACCGACCUGGAUUCGCAGCCAGUUCUCUUCAUUCCAGACAUCCACUUUGGGAACCUCCAGAGGAGUGGGCAGAUGUACAGCGUCAGCACAGACGACAUGGAGAGGGAAGGUGUCCUUGUAAAAAGGAUGCUCCGGUCUCUGGAAGAUGAAUAUCCCCCAACAGCCACCAAACAGAUUAAAGAAGAAGUGCAUAAAAAAGUCCUGCUUUAUGUACGAAAAGAGUCUGAUGAAGUGUUUGACGCGUUGAUGCUGAAGUCGCCAACAGUCAAAGGGCUGAUGGAUGCAUUAUCUGACAAGUAUGGAUUUCCAGCAGAAAAAAUUGGAAAAAUUUACAAGAAAAGCAAAAAGGGAAUUUUGGUGAAUAUGGAUGAUAACAUCAUUGAACACUACUCCAAUGAAGAUACUUUCAUUCUCAAUAUUGAAAGUCUGGGUGAGAGCUUGAAGAUCACACUGACUGAAAUUUAACAAGAACUUGGGAGAGCCUUCCAACUAAAUGUACUUCAGAGUUGGAUCACAGUUUGAUCAUACUGCUGUCACCAGCCUGACUGCUGAAUAACUGUUAAUGACCAAUGGAAAGGAGUUCGCUCCUGUCAAGUGAACAAACUGUGUACAUGUUACAGAAAUCAAUGAAGCUGAACUGGCAUGUCUCUAUACUUCAUAAGUUUCAAAUAUUGACAGCUUUAGAUACUACUAUAUUGAUUGUUUCAAUGACUUCAGAAUGAGCACCAUGAUGGUGUUACUUAGAGGACACUAUUUUAGCUAUAGACAAUUAAGUUGGUACAGGCAUUGGAUACAAUCAUGCCUGGUAUCCUCUUAUUUUCAACUCCAUGGUAUUUGCAGUCAGAUUUGUGUUGUGAUCAUCUGUUCCAAUCACAUACCUGUUUUCCAUAGUAGAUGCAUUCAUUGAUACCUCAGAAGACAAGCUUGUGAAUGAGAAAGUAAAUGUCACUCCAAUUGUUCCUUCAUUUGGAAAGCGACUUGUUUUAUUACCUUUUUAAAGUAAUCAUGAGAGCUUGUACAUCAUCUGAUUGCUUGUUAGUCAAAUACAUAUGCAAUUAAGAUUGAUAGACCUAAUGCUCCAGCAGGUCAUACAGAACCAUCUGUGUGUCUGCCUUGGUUCUUGUCUAUGUAGCAAGGGAACCAAUAAUAUCACUUUUAGUAGAAUUUGACACUAACUGAAAUAGAGAAUAGCGUAUAUAAUUGUAAAAAUAAUGUCUAUAAUGUGCAAUAUUAAAUUUUACAUAAGGCAUGUUUACUGCCAUUAUGCUUUCUUUGGGUUGAGGGUUUUCGUGGUAGUUGUGUAUUUUUAUUUUUUAAUAUAAAACCUGUUUCCUUUUGUCUAUAUAUUAAGUUUGAAAGGCAUCAUGAGAUUUUACAAAAUGACUGUAUAAACUGCAAUCCAGGGUAUUUAAAGGACUUGGGAAACUUGAACGUUUUUACAAAUUGAGCAAAACUGUAUACAAGGUAAUAUUUUUGGAAAUGGGAGUUGGGAUCUUUUCAGACUUUAAAAAGACAGUUGUAUUUUAUUUUUUGUACAAUUUUUAAAGAGCAAAAUAAACAUCAGUGUACAUGGA